UUGAGUUUCUCACAGAAAAAAAACUCCCUCUUCAUCCAAACCGUCCUCCGAAACCUUCUCCAGGCACUCGUGCGCCCUGACGCCUGAGACAUCGCAUGGCCAUCGCUUCUAAAGAGUGCUGCGAAUCGGCUUCGUCUCGUGCGAGAGCUGUUGCGUGAAACGCGAAGUCCUUCGGUGAUAGAUUAUGGAUCGUAAAAUGAAUGUAUUGCAUGUAAUGGCCAUUCUUCUGCUUGGACUACAUGCUGGUGGUGGGUCUCCGACACGUGGAUGGUCAUGCAGCAGAAAGGUUCUGAAAGACCAGGACUGUCGUAGCAUCCCCAGUAAACUGGAGAAGAUGAGACCCAUGGACUCCCUGCAGUACCAUUACUGGGAGGGCAAUCACUGUGACACAAUCUGCUAUUGCAACUUCAGAGAGCUGCUGUGUUGUCCACGAAAUGUUUUCUUUGGGCCAAAAAUCUCCUUUGUGAUCCCAUGCAAGACAUCUGAGCAUGUACUCUGAGUGAAAUGAAUGUGUUUAUUAUAGUGACUGAAUAAAAGUCCAUAUUCCCAUUUGGAAAACAAAACCUGAACAGCAAAGCCAUGGAGAAACAGUCCACUCUGCUUCUGCCCUACUGCAUUACACAAUGAAAAACUGCUGCAGAGAACAAACACACACCUCUCUAAUCAAAUGUAUGAUUUUAAUCAACGUUAAUGCAUUAACAUGAUAUUUCAUGGCAGAAGAGUCUAACCCUGCUACACAGGUUCUGCUGCCCAGCAGGGUUGAUUUGCAGCCCUGAUCCAAUACGACCUGAUCCAUAUAAACAGACCUGAUCCAUAUAUAUAGGGUCUUCAGCGGCAUUCAUUCAUCAGAUCCAGGUGCACUGGAUUAGGUUGGAAGCUAAACUGGGGAUCUCUCCAGGAGCAAAAUUAGGUCUCAUCAGCUUUACAUGGUUCAGUGCUAAAACCAGCUGGAAUGAACACAGCCUGAAAGCACUAUAAUUACUGGCAAUUCUAAAAUCCAAUCAGAGCUGCUGCCCGGUGGAGAGACAAGUGUGUGUUAGGCCUUACUGUACUGACCAUAUGCUUUGGUUUUUCAUGUUACAAACAUCUAAAAAAUGUUUAAUAAAACAAACAGCUUUAAAUGCAGAUUAUCACCAGUUAUGGUUUUUAGGUCUGAUCUAAUGAGAUUUGUGCAUUUUAUCAGCCAGUUUCAGUAAACACAUAAAAGGUUGUCAUGUGUUGCAGUAAUGCUGCAACUUUAAACAAUUUAUAUAACUGAAGUACAGGGCUGCAACAUCUCUCUAAAAUGCCUACACAGGAGUUAGGAUGGAAGAACCAUAAAACUACAUUAUGAUAACAAGGUACAGCUUUAAACUGCUUUCAGGACAUCGCGUAGCAUUCAAUAGUGCCACAUUUAAUUGAGCCACUUUGCUAGAGAUAUUCAUUUAAAAUGAACAGAUUAAAAGUAACAGUUAACACUGUAAGGGCAGCCUCCCUCUUUGGUCACUCUUAUAAUCCCAAACAGAACUGGACAUCAGGAUUUAAACUGACCCAUUUGCCACUCCUUUCUCCCCACCCCCACCCUUUGUGACCCUUGAAAACCUCUGAGCUGCGGUCAUUCAAAAGUAAUGUGGCAUCUUCAAAGUUCUCCAACACCUCAGUCUGCCCCUGGGUAACCUAUUGUUUAAACCGAGGGCAGUCGUUAUUAGGGAUUGUCCCUCUAGGCCAAGGGAGGUGGAAAGUGAGAACUGUCUUUCGGGGCAUUUAAAACAAGGGCUGAGGUAACAGUAUUAUGUUAAUAGCUGUACGGAUGCUUUAGAAAGUGUGAACGCCUUUCCUGUGAAAUACGCGUAGGCAAAACGUGCAAGUGGAGCAACUAAAGUUAUGUUAAGCAAUGUUGUUUUAAGUCCUUAUUUUAAAAUGAAUAAAUAUAACUUAAUCAUUUUUGCUCUAUAUUAUACCCGUAUAGAAAAUAUGUAUUCUUUAACGAAGCGCCUAUAACUAGAAUUUUAUAUUUGUUAUAUCAGAGCUAGACUGUGCUAUUUUAUUCCACUUUAAUCAGUUAUGAGAGUACUAGGGCUCGCUCUUAUUUUAUAUCAAUAAUUUUAUAGCGAAAAAAUAAAAGGCUGUGGUGUGAAAA